UAUCUAACUCAUGUGUCAUAAUCAUGAGUCAACAGAUAACUCGAUUCAUUUGGAUUUGAAUCGCUAAAUUGUUCUCUUGUCAGUACGUGGCUCACUGUCAUACUGCCAGUUGUCUAAAAAGUUAGGUGAAUAAUGAAUUUAGCUCGCCGCUGUCCAGCUCUACUGAACCAAAUGUGUAUGUCAUCGCUGGAGGGAAGUACGACCAGAAGAGCGUUUUCACCGGCUCCUGCCGUAAAACAACCCGCGGAAACCCGGUGCCAUAACCUCGGAGUGGAGAAAACUGGUCGACAAGUCAAGUCGGGUGGAGCAUCCACUUCGGGAGCAGUGUCAGCCUGUCCAAUGGGCAGCAACAACAGCAGGCCAUUUAGUGCUCUGGCCCAGACACUGAGCAGCACCACCUUGGAGCAAAGAGUUGAGCAUCUGGACCAGGAAGACCAGAUUGAGCUUGACCCAGACCAGCUGCUCAGAGAGUGUGAGGAGGUCCUGCAGAGUCGUCCGGCCAGGCCCCACAGAAACCUGAUAUGUCCUAAGGAUGCUGGAUCCUACUGCCACCAGCUCGGGCCCUCCGUUCGAAUAAUGCAGUGGAACAUACUUGCGCAAGCACUCGGUGAAGGGAAGGAUGGAUUUAUUCGGUGUCCUCUCGAGGCCCUCAACUGGAAGGAAAGGAAGUACUUGAUCCUGGAGGAGAUCCUCACCUAUCGUCCUGACAUUGUUUGUCUUCAGGAAGUUGACCAUUACUACGACACUUUCCAGCCCAUCAUGGCUAGCCUCGGUUACCAUGGUAGCUUCUUGGCAAAACCCUGGUCUCCUUGUCUAGAUGUCGAGAAAAACAACGGUCCGGAUGGUUGCGCGUUGUUCUACCGCCACUCACGCUUCUCCCUACAGACUAGCAUAUGUUUGCGGCUAUCGGCAAUGAUGAUACCCACCAACCAGGUAGCCAUUGUGCAGAUACUGAACUGCCGGUUGACGGGUCAACAACUUUGUGUGGCUGUCACACAUCUGAAGGCCAGAAGUGGAUGGGAGAAGCUGAGGAGCGCGCAAGGCGCUGACCUGCUGCAACGCUUGCGAAGCAUCACUUCUAGGCGCGGCGAAGGCAGCCACGAGCAGUCAGCGAGGACCAAUCCACUUGUGGUGUGCGGAGAUUUUAACGCAGACCCUUCCGAGGAUGUUUACCGCCGCUUUAGAUCCUCGCCGCUCGGUUUGGACUCCGCUUACAAGCUGCUGAGCACUGACGGACAGACGGAGCCGCCUUACACAACCUGGAAGAUCCGUCCGACUGGAGAGAGCUGCAGCACGCUCGACUAUAUCUGGUAUACCCGUGAUGCCUUGAGAGUGGAUUGCCUGCUAGACAUUCCUACUGAAGAGCAGAUAGGUCCAGAUCGACUGCCUUCAUUUCACUACCCCUCGGACCAUUUAUCACUGCUUUGUGACGUCAGCUUUAGGGCAGAACCUUAACAUAGGCUGGCGAUUUUGCCUAAAAUUAGAAUCUUUUUCGAUUUUCAAUCUAAAGUCAAUUUUGUUUUGCAUGUUUUAUAACCUUAAAUUCAUGUUGAAAAUGCCCUAAAUGUCUUUUUUUUUUCAAGUUAUUUUGUUAGUUAUUUAUGCAGAUCUCUGUAAAUAGCUCGAUUCUAUGAAUUAUGUCGCAGUUUGGUUCGAAUUUAAAUAUGUAAUAUUUCAAGUUAAAUUUCACUCUGCUUCGCCAUUGUAUGUGUUGAUUUAUCAGUGGCAAAUGUGUAUAUUGGCAUAAACUAACACAAAUGGUCUGUUUACUGUUAGGCCAUUCAUUUUUCUUCUGAAAAACGAGCCUAUUAUUUAUUUUUGUUUCAUGUGUGUCAACUAGAAAAACGGGAAUCCAUGUUUUUCUAUUUCCUCAUUCAUAAUUGGUAGUAGAAAAACUGUAACCAAGCUAUUUUCCUUUGUUCCAUUAUGAGUUCCUCAGCGGUUACUUUACUUCCAUCCUGAAUUAUAGUGGAAAACUUCUGUCUGGAAUAAAUUCUCUUGCCUCACCUCAUUUCCUCAUUUCCCUUAAUCUAAACAAAUGUCAAAGAUCUUCACAAGUCCACAGUUGACAAUUACAACAUUAGAACCUCCAAAAUGGCAUGUUUUAAGUCAGUUCUUUGCACCAACGGCAAAAUAUGCAGUUUUUUGCAAAUGCAUCACGAAAUAGCACGUCAGUACGUACUGACUCAAUUGUUAUGAUACUAUUCUAAUUAUGAAAGGAUAUACAGUGAAAAAAACUGUUCCGUCUUUAACGUUCUCUUAUUUUGUCAUUAAUGGCUUCAUUUGCUUAUGUAAAUUGUGAGUCAUGAAAUUGUUCAUAUCCAGCAGCCAUGACUGUGACUUACCCCAGAAAUGCAACAUUAACAGCCAGGCAUCACAUUUUCACACAACACCGUUUUGAUACAAAAUAACAACAAAACUACGAUAAAUUUUAUGAUGUGAUUGAUUAUUCUCUGCACUUGUGAUUCCACCCAAUUGCUAAUACAAACCUUGUAUACACACA